AUGCCAGUUUUCGAAUUAAGGAAGUUUUCAAAGCUACUAAAUCCCUCUCUGACAGAAUCUUCUUGGCACCAUCAUCCCGAGAGAUCUGAAUUAUAUUUGAGCUUUGAAGCACUAGCUGAGCUGGCAUUUAAAGUGAAAGUCCUAUGGAGAUACACUAUAUUUGAACAAGCAGAGUUUACCACAAGCAAUAGUCACUCACCCUCUGGGAAUACUCUAACUGUUAGGUAUAAACAACCGAGUCUCUCUUUCAAAUUCAUUGAUCCCACUGCUGAGAACAAAAUUCUAAGGUCGAGGUUCCAAGUCAGUUUUUAUACAAAUGAAGAAUUUGCAAAAUGCUUAAAGUAUUUAGAAGAUAUAGAAGUUUACACUAGAAAGGUUAGUGCUCCUUCAAUUUCCUCUGAAACGAAUUCACAAUUUCAAGCUGAUACACACUCUCAAACUUGGUUCUCUCAGUCUCAAACUUGGCAAGAAAGUCAAUCUCUGGUUACACGUCAUAGCUUACUCCCUCCAACCCAAGAGAUUCCAUCUUAUGGUAGUGGCUUCCAGUUUCCUAUGCCUCGUCAAAUGGAGCAACAGAAGCAAAUUUCAAAUCCACUGAGCAAAAAUAAUUCAAUCAUUGGCACAGAUUUGAGCCUACUUGGGGAUUUGACAUUUGGUAUUGAUACAACGACGGAAUCAAACUUCCUUCCUAUCGACAUUCGAGAUACUUCUGAUGAUAUUUUGAAAGGAAUAAUUUUAAAAACUCUAGAUGAUCCUAAGUUUUUGGAAUACUGUGAAAGGGUGGAUGACAUUGUUCGAAGAAACGGAUUAUAA